AUAUUUGUUUACAUUUUUUCCAGGCUGGCUGUGCAGGUGAAGGUGUACCAAUAUUUUUUCACAGUUUUCAUGCCUGUGCGUCUGAGAUUGUGAUUUAUUGAACAAUGUAAAUUGAUGCGACUCUCGACUCAUAAUAAGUUGAAUCAGCAUGCCCGUAUUACCGCUUACAGAAAGAAGAUGUUGAUAUCGACAAUCAAUAUGGACUGUGAUUGGGAUCAGCGUUGAUAUUUUAGCAUUGGAUGAAGAAUAAACGUCCUACGAAGCCAUGGCCAGGCUUCAUUCAUGGCCUCUGGCAGUGUUCCUAGUGAUCGCGAUCAAUGCAGCCGCGGCGACCACGGUGGGUCGGUUCGAGUACCUGCACUACCGCCCGGUGGUGCCGUCGAGACCGACGGUCGGCCGCCCGGAGCGCGCCCACGCGGCGUCGGUGUCGAUCGAGUUCGCCGCGCUGGGCCGUCGGUUCCGACUGCUGCUGACCCCCGACCUCACCACGCUGGGACCCCACCUGACCCUGGUGGGGCCGGGACGGUCCGCCGGACUGCCGGACUCUGAGCACCUGCAGCUCUACCAGGGCACCGUCCAAGGGGAGCCGGGCUCGUUUGUGUUCGGCUCGCUGCGCGACGGAGUGUUCAGCGGCACAGUCGAGAUCCCGCCGGCCGUCUACUCGAUUGAACCGCCCCAGGUGCUGGCCGGUAAUCGGAGCCGACACGGCGGAGCCACCCGCCCCGCCUCGCCGACCCCACCCCCACCGCCGGAGGGCGCUCACUCAGUCAUCUUCUCCAACGAUGAUGUCAAACUGCCUCGAGGCAAGGGGUGCGGGUUCAUGGAUCACGAUGCAUCGUUGCAUGAUGAACACAUGAAGCAGCACGCAGAGAAGUUGUUUACCGACGAGGAAUUGGAUCAAGCUGCUGUUGACUCUGAGUCACUCCCCGAGUCCUACCCGGAGUCCCCGCCCGAGUCGGACUCCAACUCCUCCCAUCUCCGUGCGGAGCGUUGGCGCCGGUUCAUCUCGAGUCGGUUCAUCCAGCCACCGUCGGGGAACCCCAACCGAGACCAGGCCGGCGUGUGUACCAUGUCCAUCGAGACAGACCCCAUCCUCUGGAGAUACGUCUACGACAUGUUUGAGGGUAACGUGCCCCGCGCCAGGGACUACCUCAUCAGCCUCAUCGGCGGCCACAUGAUCUACGUCAACCGCAUCUACGCCGAGGAGAAGUUCAACGACGGACAGUACCAGCACGAGGGACUCCAAUUCCGACUGCAGAAGCUGCUGAUCACGGACGACAGCUCGUGUGCGCCCGACUACGUGGGCGAGCCGAGCCGCUUCUGUCCCGACAACGUCGACUACUCGGAUUACCUGCUGCUGCAGUCGCAGGGCGACCACCGCGCCUUCUGCCUGGCCUUCGCCUUCACCUUCCGCACGUUCACAGAGGGCGUCAUGGGAUUCGCCUGGAUGGCCAAUGACGAUGUGAAAGACAAGUUCUCGGGCGUGUGUGGUGUGUCGGGCAUCCGGAUGGUGCAGAAGGGCAAUAUACUGGUGCGCCAGCGACUCUCCAAGAACAGCGGCAUCGUGUCGCUGCAGAGUUUCGGCGAGCGCGUCACCACCGUGGUGUCGCACCUGACGCUGGCGCACGAGAUCGGACACACGCUCGGGUCGCCGCACGACCUCCCCGAGAACAACCGCCCCGAGUGUGUGCCGGGAGGCUACGACGGUAUGUACAUCAUGUACCCUUAUUCCGUGUCCGGCUACGACCCCAACAACUCGCACUUUUCGCCGUGCAGCAGCGGAUUCAUCUCUGCAGUGCUUGAUGUUAUUGCCAAUGGAAAGCGGCGACAGUGCUUCAAAGCGACGACUGCCAGCUACUGCGGUAACAGCGUGCUGGAGAAGGGCGAGGAAUGUGACUGCGGCUACACGGAGAAAAGCUGUACGGACCGCUGCUGCUACCCGGCCGUGCUGUCAGAGCGGGAUCGCGAGCUGAACCGAUCGGCAGCCGGCUGCGCGCGCCGCGCCGACACACAGUGCAGCUCCAGCGAGGGUCCGUGCUGCCAGCCGGAGACGUGCCGGCUGAUCCCGGCCUCGAUGGCCCACCAGUGCCGUCCACCCACCGAGUGUCAGCUGGGAGCUGUGUGUAACGGCACCAGCUCCCUGUGUCCAGAGGCCGUCCACCGUCCCAACUACACAGAGUGCCGCGGAGGGUCCAAGGUUUGCCUGUCAGGUCUGUGCCAGGGAUCGGUCUGCCUGAAGACGGGACUGGAGGAGUGUGGUCUCACCUUCAACGACACUCAGAACGCUAUAACGCUGUGUGAAGUGGCGUGUCGCCAGCCGGGGUCGUCAGACGCUCCGUGCCGGACGCUGCUCCCGGCCGGUAACUCCAGUGACCUGUCCGACCCCUCUGACCCGACCGGCGGGUCGGGGGUGCGCCUGCCGCCCGGCUCCGGCUGUGACGCCGACAGAGGCUACUGCGAUGUGUUCGGACGCUGUCGGAGGUAUAGGGAGCGGGGACCGCUGGCCACCGUUCACCGGCUCCUGUUCACCGGCGAGGGGCGUGCCGAUCUGCUCCAGUGGCUGCAGUACAAGUGGUGGGCGGUGCUUCUGAUCGUGACCUGCCUGGCGACUCUGAUGGCCGUCACCGUCCGUUGCUGUGCCGUACACACCCCCUCCUCCAACCCGCGACGGCCCCCGGCCAGACCCCUGAAGGACACCUACGAGCGACCGCUGUCGGCGCUCGGACUGCCGCCGUCCGCGCAGAUGCGGUGCUGGCGUCGCCCGGUCUCCGCGGCCACACCUGUGCCGGAGGACCAUCCCACAACAUCUCAGGCGACGGGCUGGACGCCGUCGGCCCCGUCCAUCCCGGUCAUCAGCGACGUGGAUGCCUGGUCGGAGGCGUCCUCUUUCGAGCACCUGUCGCAGGCGGCCGUGCCGGGCGGGCCGGCCGGCGGCAGGGGGGCGCCGGCGUCGGCGCCGCUGCCACAGGUGGUCGUGUGAGGGUCGGAGAGACCCUCACUGGUCGGACCCUGACCGGUCAGAGGCAGCCGCUCAUCAUAAUACAGUCACCGGUCCAUGACGGCGUCGAUAGAGAUCGGGGUGGGCGGCCGACAUGGCCGGAGCGCCGCUGACACGGGGACGAUGGAGAUGAGCCGCCGUCGCUGACGCCAGGACGGCAGGGAUUCGUUCCAACGCGCGACUUGUGUUUGCUCAGGCUGAGCAGGUUUGUUUUGUGUUGAAAAUAUAUGGUUGGUGAGUUA